AAGCAGGAUGCUGCGGCGGCGGGCCCAGGAAGAGGACAGCACCGUCCUGAUCGAUGUGAGCCCCACUGAGGCAGAGAAGAGGGGCCCUUACGGGAGCACAGCCCACACCUCGGAGCCAGGUGGACAGCAGGCGGCCGCCUGCAGAGCUGGAGCUGGGAGCCCCGCCAAGCCCCGGAUUGCAGACUUUGUCCUUGUUUGGGAGGAGGACCUGAAACUAGACUGGCAGCAGAACAGUGCCUCCCGGGACAGAACAGACACGCACAGGAUCUGGCGGGAGACUUUUCUGGAUAAUCUUCGUGCGGCUGGGCUGCGUGUAGACCAGCCUGCCGUCCAGGACGGGAACACCACAGUGCGCUACGCCCUCCUCAGCGCCUCCUGGGCUGUGCUCUGCUACUACGCCGAAGACCUGCGCCUGAAGCUGCCCCUGCAGGAGUUACCCAACCAGGCCUCCAACUGGUCGGCCGAGCUGCUGGCGUGGCUGGGCAUCCCCAAUGUCCUGCUGGAGGUUGUGCCAGACGUGCCCCCCGAGUACUACUCCUGCCAGUUCAGAGUGAACAAGCUGCCACGCUUCCUCGGGAGUGACAACCAGGACACCUUCUUCACAAGCACCAAGAGGCACCAAAUUCUGUUUGAGAUCCUGGCCAAGACCCCGUAUGGCCACGAGAAGAAAAACCUGCUUGGGAUCCACCAGCUGCUGGCAGAGGGUGUCCUCAGUGCUGCCUUCCCCCUGCACGAUGGCCCCUUCAAGACGCCCCCAGAGGGCCCACAGGCUCCGCACCUCAACCAGCGCCAAGUCCUUUUCCAGCACUGGGCACGCUGGGGCAAGUGGAACAAGUACCAGCCCCUGGACCACGUGCGCAGGUACUUCGGAGAGAAGGUGGCCCUCUACUUCGCCUGGCUCGGGUUUUACACAGGCUGGCUCCUGCCAGCAGCGGUGGUGGGCACACUGGUGUUCCUGGUGGGCUGCUUCCUGGUGUUCUCAGAUAUACCCACGCAGGAACUGUGUGGCAGCAAGGACAGCUUUGAGAUGUGCCCACUUUGCCUCGAUUGCCCUUUCUGGCUGCUCUCUAGCGCCUGUGCCCUGGCCCAGGCCGGCCGGCUGUUCGACCACGGCGGCACCGUCUUCUUCAGCUUGUUCAUGGCACUGUGGGCCGUGCUGCUCCUGGAGUACUGGAAGCGGAAGAGCGCCACGCUGGCCUACCGCUGGGACUGCUCUGACUACGAGGACAUCGAGGAGAGGCCUCGGCCCCAGUUUGCCGCCUCAGCCCCCACGACAGCCCCGAACCCCAUCACGGGUGAGGACGAGCCUUACUUCCCCGAGAGGAGCCGCGCGCGCCGCAUGCUGGCCGGCUCGGUGGUGAUCGUCAUGAUGGUGGCCGUAGUGGUCAUGUGCCUUGUGUCUAUCAUCCUGUACCGCGCCAUCAUGGCCAUCGUGGUGUCCAGGUCGGGCAACACCCUCCUCGCAGCCUGGGCCUCUCGCAUCGCCAGCCUCACAGGGUCUGUAGUGAACCUCAUCUUCAUCCUCAUCCUCUCCAAGAUCUAUGUGUCCCUGGCCCACGUCCUGACACGAUGGGAAAUGCACCGCACCCAGACCAAGUUCGAGGACGCCUUCACCCUCAAGGUGUUCAUCUUCCAGUUCGUCAACUUCUACUCCUCACCCAUCUACAUUGCCUUCUUCAAAGGCAGGUUUGUGGGAUACCCAGGCAACUACCACACCUUGUUUGGAGUCCGCAACGAGGAGUGCGCGGCUGGAGGCUGCCUCAUCGAGCUGGCACAGGAGCUCCUGGUCAUCAUGGUGGGCAAGCAGGUCAUCAACAACAUGCAGGAGGUCCUCAUCCCGAAGCUAAAGGGCUGGUGGCAGAAGUUCCGGCUUCGCUCCAAGAAGACGAAGGCGGGAGCUUCUCCAGGGGCUAGCCAGAGGCCCUGGGAGGCCGACUAUGAGCUUGUGCCCUGUGAGGGUCUGUUCGACGAGUACCUGGAAAUGGUGCUGCAGUUCGGCUUCGUCACCAUCUUCGUGGCCGCCUGUCCGCUCGCGCCGCUCUUCGCUCUGCUCAACAACUGGGUGGAGAUCCGCCUGGACGCGCGCAAGUUCGUGACGGAGCGGAGGCUGCCCCGCACUGACCCCUCCGGCGCCCAGGCCUUCCUCCUGGCCUUCUCGUCCGACUUCCUGCCGCGCGCCUACUACCGGUGGACCCGCGCCCACGACCUGCGCGGCUUCGUCAACUUCACGCUGGCUCGCUCCCCGCCCUCGUUCGCCGCGGCGCACAACCGCACGUGCAGGUAUCGGGCUUUCCGGGGUGAUGAUGGACAUUAUUCCCAGACCUACUGGAAUCUUCUUGCCAUCCGCCUGGCCUUUGUCAUUGUGUUUGAGCAUGUGGUUUUCUCCAUUGGCCGGCUCCUGGACCUCCUGGUGCCAGACAUGCCAGAGUCUGUGGAGAUCAAAGUGAAGCGGGAGUACUACCUGGCUAAGCAGGCGCUGGCCGAGAAUGAGGCUCUUUUUGGAACAAACGGAGCAAAGGAUGAGCAGCCCCAGGGCUCAGAGCUCAGCCCCCACUGGACACCCUUCAGGGUUCCCAAAGCCAGCCAGCUGCGGCAGUGACGCCUGGAGGGACAUCUGGUGGCCCUUAGGGGAGCGGCCCCUGCUGAGCCCUGUGAGCCGUGUCGUUUUCCUCUUCCCUCAGGCAAUGGCUGUGUGAACCGCUGGCUGCUGUCGUGCCGUCAUCUCUGGGCACAUUGCCUGCUUCCCCCCAGCGCCGGCUUCUCCUCAGAGCACCUGUCACUCCAUCCCCAGCAGGGAGGGACUGUCAGCUCACAAGGACCUCUUUGUUUCCCAUUCCCAGACAUAAGCCCAAGGGGCCCCUGCACCCAAGGCUCCCCUGUCCCUCGGUGGCCUCCCCAGACCCCUGGACACAACAGUUCUCAUCAGGCCGGUGGGCUUUGUGGUCCUCACCGCCCCUGGCAGCAUCACCCUCUCCUCUUACACCUGCUGACCCUCGAA